ACUGCUCUGUUCUCCUUCUCUCUCUCUCUCUCCUUCUUCUCGAUUAACCUCAUUUCUCAGAUCCGUAGGAUCUUCGUUUCCAUGGAGGCUUAAAAACCCUAAUAGAUACUCUCUAACACAACCAUUGAUUCGCUAGUGAAGAAACACAAUCUUCUCUCUAUAGCUCACUCUCUUUCUCUGUGUGAUCUGAAGCGAUUCGUCUUUUCAUAUUCUUCAUCAAAAGGACCUCUUUUUUAAGCUUUUCGAGACGAGCUGGGUUUCCGAUUUUGUGAUCGUCGUAGAAGCUUUCUGGGUUAUCAAUAAGGGUUUUCUGGUUUGUGUUGCCUUUGAAUCGAGCUUCGAUUGAGAAAGGAGUGAAGGAUUUUGGUUUUUGAUCAGAUAGAUUACUCAAGUGUUCUUGCGUGAUACUUGUUGUUGUAGCCAAAGCUUCUUACUUUUGACAGUGUGAUCUAUCUCGAAAUGGAAACGCUUAUUGUAGCUGUGGAACAUAGGGAUCAAUAUUAUGGAAAGAAAUCUCUUGGUCAUGAUCGUUUUAGAUCAGCUCCUUCCAAAACUUUCAGGCAAAUCAAUUGCAGAACUUUUCAAUCUGGAGUGGGUUUACUCCCAAGACCAAAGAGAACUUCCUCUACACCGAUAACUAAAGGAGCUCUUCCUCAAGUUCAGUCUCCUCGUUCUCCCAAGUCUGUUUUGCCGGUUUUUAAUCAUCCUUCGGUUGACAGCGGUAGAACCAGUCCUAUUCCAAUUGCUAACACCAGAGGUCCUCAGAUCCGUAGGUGUGCUAGUGAAUUUGUUGACAAAAGGAGAAGCCUUUCUUACUCUGAGCUUUGGGCUGGACCUACUUACUCCAACUCGCCCCCGCCUGCUUCUGUGCCCAUUCCUAAGUUCUCUCUCCACCAAAAGAGCACGGUAUCUUUGACCUUCCCUGCUUCUGACUCUGCUCUUGGUAUUCGUGAAGUUGCUAAGUCUGCGCCUGUUUCUCCAACCUCAUCUGGUGACAACCCUUUUCGUAGUACUGUCUCUGCCACUAUGACACUUCGUCGCAUGCUCAAUCUUGAGCUUGAGACUGCAGAUGAAUGAAGAUCAGGAGACUUUAGGGGAACGGGGUUAGUUUUAGUUUUAUGCACAUAUAAAUAAGGUGUUAGUCACCAUGCUGGGUUAAGUUUGUUUCUUAGCUUUCAAUAGCGAUGGUAAGGGAACACGUAAGCAGUCAUGACUCAGAGUUGCUCAGCAAUUACUGGAUCUCCUAUGCAGAUUGGGGUGUUAUUAAUGGUGGAACAGCUUGCUAUAGUGGGUAGAAACAUUCAGGAAGCAGAUUGAUAUCGCGUAAAAGAGAAGACUUCAUUCUUGGUGUAGCAUAUAGGAUGGCCAAAAAAUUACCAGUCUCUAACAUAUACCCUGGGUGAAUGCUAAGUUCAUGUGGUGAUGCUUGAACAUUAGUGUUUCCUCUCUGCCCUUUGUAUAGUUUCUUCUUAGAGUCGUCUUUUUCCCUUUGGCUUCUUUUCUUAAGUGGGUUAGAUAGCAACUAGCUAGCCUGUAUAUGCAGUAGAGCCUUUGAUCAUACUGGGUUUCUGUUUGUCAUUCUUCCAAGUUUCGUCUUUUCAAGUUCUUAGUUUUAUGGUGUCUUAGUCUUGUAUCUCCCUCUCUGUCCAUAUCUUUUUUUCUUUCUAGCUCUCUUUUUAAGUCUACUUCUCUUCCUUCUAGAUUCAUUUCGAUCCAGCCUUACAAGAUGUAAAUCUAACUACUCUCCUGCUAAGUGAUCUUCCUCUUCGCCUUGUUCCUGCUUUUUUGAAAAGGAAAAAGGGAAGAGCAAGUUUUACUGACCCUCUUAGACUCUCUCUCUGCUGGUAAAAGAUUCAUCAAGAUUCAAGCCAUUUUCAGUCUCACCUUAAAUCCAUUUCUUAUGAAGAAAAGUCAUUCCUUAGGUUCUUACCUAGAACACCUUUGUCUCUCUUUUGGGAGUUUCGUGAUCCUGCCUAAUCUGCUCACCAGGGACCUGGAGAAGCUGCUGCUCUGCAUUCGUUGCUGCUUAUUAGUUUCUUUGUCUCUCUACUAUCUUUAAAAUUGUUUUGUUAGAUAAGGGAGACAUGUAACUUGUCUAUGUUGUGUGAAGGUUUCCAGAAACGUAUGUUUUUUCUCGUGUUAUUCUAGUUUGCGACAAGUGUUGUAGAGACGUUUUGCUAUCUUUGUUUUUGAGUUUUUUUUAAUGCUGAAGGAAAUGUAUCCCCUUGUUCCCAAAAUCAUUCUCUUCUCCUA